CUCUUUGCACCGCCCCCUCUCCGUGGAGCCGCCUCGGCUCCUGACGCCCUUGCAUGCGGGGGCGCCGCUGGGCAACAAAUGGUCUCGUUCCGCGAAGCGCUGGAGCAACUCGGCACCUUGGAGCUGCGUCGCGACGCCGCCACCGCCCAGGAACCCGCCUCGCCUGGCCCCCCCGCGGGCAGACCAGACUCCCCGCUGGACCGCAGGCUCUGGCCCGCACCCUGUGACCUGAUCGCCGCCGCCCGGGCCGGCGCGGGCGCGACGCCCGCGCCCGCCAGCCCGCGGACGUCGGAUGUCCGGGACCACCCCCUCGCUGGCGGCAGCCCUUGGCACGACCCCGCCGCGGUAGCCGCUGGCAGCGCGGCGGACGCGGCCGCGCUGGCGCGCGAGGGCGCGGCAGCCCUGGAGGGGCGCCUGCGGCUGUUCGAGGUGCGGUGCGCCGCCAUGCUGGCGCGGCUCGAGGACUCCGCCGGGGGCCUCGCGGGCCGCCUCGCCCAGGCCGAAGCCGCGCUGCAGCGGCUCGGGGAGCUCCCCGCCGGCCCGCUCGCGGAGCGGCCCGUGGACGCCCGCGCGGGGUGCCCUUCGGUAUCCGCCGCGGCGGCGGCGGACAUCGGCUGGAGGUCCGCCGCCGAGCUGGACGUGAGGCUGCACGAGGUGGCGUGCGCCACGGAGCUCUGCGCCCAGAGCUGCCGAAGCCUGGCCGAGCGUGUCGCCUGGGUCGAGGGCGCCGUGAGCGAGGCGGCCGAGCGGGACGGGGAAGCCAGCAGGCACUUCCAGGACUGGCAGCUGUACGGCGUCGUGCGGGAAGCCCAGGAGGAGUUGCUGGCCGUGCAGCAUGCCGAGCGUCGGCGGGACGCGAGGCUGGAGGAUCACGAGGUGCGGCUGGCAAGCUUGGAGGCCAGCGUGGACGGGCAGGUGGCCAGGCGACUGCUCGUCGGGGAACAGAUGUGCCAGGGCCCGCAGCUGAAGCCGAGCUCGGCCUCGGGGGCGCCGGAGUGCCACGGCGCGGCCGCCUCGGAGCCCCGCGGCAGCGAGGCUGCUGCUGGCGCAGCAGUGGGGCCCAGGGCGCCGCCGACGCCCUCCACUGCCUCGGAGCCCCGUGGCGACGAGCCCGGCGCUCGCGCUGGGGCCGCUCGGCGCGCGCCGGGUCGCUUCGCGGCGCUCCCGGCCGCUGUGCAGCUGCCCCCCGCCUCGGGGCUUUCUCCGGCGACCCCGAUGAGCCCCACGCGCGCCGCCGACUGGGGCUCGGCCGCGCUCCUGCGCCUCGGCGUCCCCGCGGGCAGCCACGCUUCGCUCCAGAGCCCCGCCGCGCUGCAGAUCGGGCCCGGGUCCACCGCCGCCGCCGCCUCCUCCGGCGGGAGCCCGGCGGCGGCGGCGGGUGCCCGGAGCUCCAGCGCCAGCCCGGGCGUGGCCAGCGGGUGCUCGCCGCUGAGCCCGGGCUCCCCGCAGAGGCACAGGGCCUUGGUGUCGCUGGUCGAGGGCGCGCUGAGGCAGGGCGGGCCGGGCGCGAGGCCGCUGAGCCCCUGAAAGGCGUGGCGUGGGCACGCACGCGCGCGAGUGGGCCCAGACGCCUCGCAGGAGGAUGCUGCA